CGCCGGACAGCCAGGAUUUGCUUUUCUAGAGCGGGGUUACACAGAAGUGAGUCCCUUCAUCAUCUGUACGUUCGCGUGAGAGCAGCGCGAGAGGGUCAAAAGAAGAAGAUCCCCUUUUUCGGCAAGGCGAAAGAAUCACAAGAACUCCCGCACAUACCAUGACCGCACCUUCGGCGCGAACACUUAUGGCGUUCGUCGCGUGCAACACAACGGAGCAGUGCGAGGCCCUCGGGGAGAACGCGACGUGCGCCAAGCACGUGUGCCUCUGCCCGUCCUUCGAUCCACUCGCCGAAGGGACACGGUGCAACUCUACCCGGCCUUUCCUCCCUAUGGCACUGGGAAAGAACUGCACCUCAAGCACGGAUUGCUCGAGCACGGCAGCUUGUGUCGCAGGGCGGUGUCGCUGCCCUGACGGUUACCAGCCCUCCGGCGAGCUGGAAUGCAGCGCCAUCAGGCAAACUGAAUACGUGACAUCCUGGUUCGCUUUCAUGACCUUGGCCUCAAGCAUCCUCCUCAUCCUCAUGCUUGUUCUCUACUUGUGCGUCGUGGGAUGUCGGGGUCGGCACUCGCAGUGGCCCAUCUGGAGACCCACACACGCGGCGGCGUCGGCCACCACCCUCGUGGUGCCCGGUCAGGCGAGCUUCUGCGGUGACGACCCUACGACCAGCCCUUUCUUCGUGAGCGCCCUGACGGCCGAGUUGGUUGGCGGCGCCGUCGACACGUUCCGACUCAGCACGGGAGUCACCGGCACCCCACUCACCGCGCAGCAUCAGGAAGGGCGCGAAUCCUGGCAGGCUUCCAUGAUGGAGAUCAGCACCCAAGCCGGCGCUGCCAGCAUGAGCGAACUUCGAGGCCUGGGCGGCUCGUCGAUCGAACCCUUCGUGCGCCCCGUGCUCAGCAAUGAGAAGGUGCACGCCAGGUACCCGCACCUUGCCAGAAUUUUCAUGCCCGCGUCCCAGCGAUCGGGGCAGGUCUCCGGCCCUAGCGAGCCCCCAGUCUCCGAGAACGCCUCCGACGAGAAGACCAAGAAGGACGAGAGCUUCAUGUCCUCCACAAAUGAGCGCAGCAGCAAGCUCCGUCGAGCACGCAGAGCUUCGGGCUCGGUCGAGCACGUGGUCGUGUCUCCGAAGAAGGACGACCGCAAGGGGCCUCAGGCUGCGGAUGCUGCACCAUGUGAGGACGGCUGUCCUCGCGAUGACAGUGGCACCAGCAGGCAGCAGCCUUGUGACUUCAGCUUGUCGUGGAGUAGCGUGGGCAGUUCAUUGGACGCGCUCCGGUCCGUGCCUGUCCUCGCCAGGGUGCGCGACAGUUCCUCGAGCGGGACGGAGACCUCGCUGAAGGCGGAAAAGGAGCGGCACCUACCCGUCGACAAAUUUCAGCCCUAAGCCGCUUCGAGGCUUAGCGGUACGACGAGGGAUGAAAUACACUGGAGGUUUAGUGCGGUUUCUCAAGUACGACGUGGACUGCGCAUACGGUUUAGAGUCUGCUCCUGCGUGAAGACUUCCCACCGCUCUGCGCCAUGUUUCAUGUUCUCUGUGUUAUAGCAUUUGGACUCUUAUGUGACGGCAUAUACAGGCGCAAACAUGUUUAGAAAUUUCAAUUCA